AGGUAGAAGAAAAAAUGGGGACAUCCCCACACACAACCAUGAUAUUAUUAUUAGAUGCAGUGUCAAAGUCAUCUUUUUUAGUGUACCUCUCAUUUAUUACCUUUGUCUUUUGCCUUCAUUCAUUCUCCAUCCACUAAAUGCUGUUUGCCCCUCUCCUUCACCACUACCUUUGGCUGCUUAAUUUGCAGGGGUUGCUCUCUCUCUCUCUCUCUCUCUCUCCAAUUAGGUUUUCCUCUUUGAGGUUCAACCUCCAGAGAUGAAUCUGUGAAGCUCUCACAUCUUUCAUAGGCUUGCUACAUCAUACUUUGUAUUUAAAGAAACAAAGAACAGCUCCUAAAAGAGCUCCUACAAGAGAAAAAGUACUUCCCUUUUUGCUCUUCUGAUCAAAGAAACCUAGAGAUCACAAACAGUAAAAAUGGCUUCCUCUAGCUCAUACAAUUCCCCUUGUGCUGCCUGCAAAUUCCUGAGGAGGAAAUGCAUGCCAGGCUGCAUCUUUUCACCUUACUUCCCACCAGAGGAGCCACAGAAAUUCGCCAAUGUUCACAAGAUCUUCGGUGCAAGCAAUGUAACCAAACUCCUCAAUGAACUCCCUCCUCAUCAAAGAGAGGAUGCAGUGAAUUCCCUUGCUUACGAAGCCGAAGCACGAGUAAGGGAUCCAGUAUACGGCUGUGUUGGUGCUAUCUCUUUCCUCCAAAGACAGGUUGAGAGGCUCCAGAAAGAAUUAGAUGACGCUAACGCCGAUUUGAUUCGCUAUGCGUGCAAUGAGAUUCAGACAGCACUGCCUGUUGUUGCCCACCCACCUCCACCGGCGGUGAGGCCAGUUGAGUUCACUAGAAGAAUGGGUGGUAAUGAAGUAGGAGGAGCUGAUUUCUAUCAAAACCCUUCUUUCCCAUAUCCUUAUCCUCUUCCAUGGAAUGAUAAUAAUUCUUCUUCUGGAGACAUCACUCGAGGAGGAGGAGGAGGAAAUAUUUGAAUUUUUAGAGCAUUGUCAGUCAGUGUAACAAAUCCCAGCCUAUUUAGGGUUUGCAUCUAUCAGCUCUGGAAUGUAACUCUCCUAUCAUCCUAUGAUAUGGUGUUGUGUUUGGUUAAGGGUUUCUAGCUAGUUAGCCUCACGGGGACUCUUCUAGCUAGACCAUUGAGAGUCUUUAUUACCUACCUAGAAAAUUAUUUGGUGGGUUUAGUACUUAUGUUGCUAAAAUCACUACCAUAAGUAUUUAUUAAUUAUCCACUGUGGGAGACCUGAUUAGUAAGUCUUUAGAGUAUUUUAAGUUGGCUUGUUGUGUCAUUAGUGAGUCCAUUUACUCAUUAAGCUCAACUCCAAAGAAUGUGCAUGUGGAAAUUCUUAAUCUCUGGAGUUGUUUAUGUUUAAGAAUAAAAGUAGUAAUACUAAGUUAAUUGUAAAGAGGAUUCUCUAGCCUAAGUCUAUGAUUUAGUCUUCCAUUACACUAGUAUUUAUUCUCACUUUUCAUUUCUA